GCGCCGCGCCGCCAGAGGCCGGGGCUCUGCAGGGACGGGAGCUGCGGAGCAGUCGCCGCCGGGCUAGGCAUUUUUACUAGUCAUGCAGCGCAAGAAGGUAGACAAUCGCAUUCGAGUGCUAAUUGAGAAUGGAGUGGCUGAGCGACACAGGACAUUGUUUGUUCUAGUUGGAGACCAUGGCAAGGAUCAGGUGGUUAUACUCCAUCACAUGCUAUCUAAAGCAACUGUGAAGGCCAGACCCUCAGUCCUGUGGUGUUACAAGAAGGAGCUGGGCUUUAGCAGCCACCGUAAAAAGCGAAUGAGACAACUACAAAAGAAGAUUAAAAGUGGAACUUUAAACCUAAAGCAGGAUGACCCUUUUGAGUUGUUUAUAGCAGCCACAAACAUUCGCUACUGCUAUUACAAUGAGACCCAUAAAAUUCUUGGUAACACCUUUGGCAUGUGUGUACUCCAGGAUUUUGAAGCCUUGACGCCAAACCUGCUGGCUAGAACUGUUGAAACAGUGGAAGGAGGUGGAAUUGUGGUGAUUCUCCUCAGAACUAUGAACUCACUGAAGCAGCUGUAUACAAUGACCAUGGAUGUUCACUCACGCUACAGAACAGAGGCACAUCAGGACAUAGUAGGGAGGUUUAACGAAAGGUUCAUUCUGUCUCUGGCCUCUUGUAAGAACUGCAUAGUGAUUGAUGAUCAGCUCAACAUCCUGCCAAUCUCUAGUCACAUUGCAAAAAUAACACCAGUUCCUCCACAAUCUCAGGAGGAUAGCCUCAGACCUCAGGAUCUGGAGCUGAAGGAAUUGAAGGAGAGUUUGCAGGAUACGCAACCUGUAGGAGUGCUGGUGGAUAGCUGUAAAACUCUGGAUCAGGCAAAAGCACUUUUGAAAUUUAUUGAAGCCAUUUCUGAGAAGACUCUGAGGAGCACCGUGGCUUUAACAGCUGCCAGGGGACGUGGUAAAUCUGCUGCCUUAGGAUUGGCUAUAGCUGGAGCCGUGGCUUUUGGUUACUCCAACAUCUUUGUGACAUCUCCCAGUCCAGAUAACCUUCACACACUAUUUGAGUUUGUAUUUAAAGGCUUUGAUGCACUGCAGUACCAGGAACAUCUGGACUAUGAGAUUAUUCAGUCUCUGAACCCUGAGUUUAAUAAAGCAGUCGUCAGAGUGAAUGUGUUCAAGGAGCACAGACAGACUAUCCAGUACAUACAUCCCGCCGAUGCUGUGAAACUGGGCCAGGCAGAACUUGUGGUGAUUGAUGAAGCUGCUGCCAUCCCCCUUCCUCUGGUGAAAAACCUACUGGGGCCUUACCUCGUCUUUAUGGCUUCUACAAUCAAUGGUUAUGAGGGCACUGGUCGGUCAUUGUCCCUGAAGCUGAUUCAGCAGCUCCGGCAGCAGAGUGCACAGGCACAAGCCAGCAUGACUGCAGAGAACAAAUCUACAGCUACGGCUAAACUCGCCUCAGCUCGUACAUUGCAUGAAGUCUCCCUCCACGAGUCAAUCCGAUAUGCCCCUGGAGACCCUGUUGAAAAAUGGUUCAAUGACCUGCUAUGUUUGGAUUGUCUCAACAUCACCAGGAUCAUCUCUGGCUGCCCGCUGCCUGAAACCUGCGACCUAUAUUAUGUGAACAGAGACACCCUCUUUUGUUAUCACAAAGCGUCGGAAAUUUUUCUCCAGAGGCUGAUGGCUCUCUACGUGGCUUCACACUACAAGAAUUCUCCCAAUGACCUCCAGAUGCUUUCAGAUGCUCCUGCCCAUCAUCUCUUCUGCCUUCUGCCACCAGUCCCACCUACCCAGAAUUCCUUGCCAGAAGUACUUGCUGUUGUUCAGGUGUGUCUGGAGGGAGAGAUCUCUCGCCAGACUAUCAUGAACAGCCUGUCUAGGGGGAGGAAGGCUUCAGGAGAUCUUAUUCCAUGGACUGUCUCAGAGCAGUUCCAAGAUCCAGACUUCGGGAGCCUCUCGGGUGGACGUGUUGUUCGCAUUGCAGUCCACCCUGAUUAUCAAGGGAUGGGUUAUGGCAGCAGGGCUCUGACCUUAUUGCAAAUGUACUAUGAAGGCAAAUUCCCUUGCCUGGAAGAAAAAGUUACUCCGAAGCCAAAAGGAAUUGCCACCGUAAGCAGUGAGGCUGUCAGUUUGUUAGAAGAGGCUGUGACACCUCGGAAGGACUUGCCUCCUUUACUUCUCAAACUGAGUGAGCGACAAGCGGAAAAUCUAGAUUAUCUGGGUGUAUCUUAUGGCUUGACACCAAGGCUGCUCAAAUUUUGGAAACGUGCUGGAUUUGUACCAGUUUACCUAAGGCAGACUCCAAAUGACCUGACUGGUGAGCACUCCUGUAUCAUGCUGAAGAUGCUAAAUGAAGAAGAGAGUGAACAGGAGCACUGGCUCGCUGCCUUCUGGAAAGAUUUCAGGAGGCGGUUCCUGUCUCUGCUGUCGUAUCAGUUCAGCACUUUCCCCCCUUCGUUAGCACUGAACAUUCUACAGAACAAGAAUAUCAAGCAGGAGUUGCAACCCCCAAUCAGCCGUCCUGAAUUGGAAGCUGUGUUCAUCCCCUAUGACCUGAAGCGGUUAGAGAUGUACUCUCGAAACAUGGUGGACUAUCACCUGAUUAUGGACACAAUUCCCGCUGUCUCCAGGAUGUACUUUCUCAGCCAGCUAGGAGACACAUCCCUGUCUGCCGCGCAGUCUGCCCUUCUUCUGGGGAUUGGUCUGCAACACAAAUCUGUGGAUGUGCUGGAAAAAGAGAUAGAACUGCCCAGCAGUCAGCUGAUGGGCCUCUUCAAUAGGAUCAUCCGCAAAGUUGUCCAGUUGUUCAGCAGGAUCCAGGAGAAGGCUGUGGAGGAGCAGAUGGCAGUUACAAAGGAAGUUGUAAUGGAGCCAACCCUGAAAUCUUUAAAUGAGGACUUGGAAGAAGCAGCAAAGGAAUUCCAGGAAAAACACAAGCAAGAAAUGGGGAAGCUGAAAGACAUGGACUUUUCACAAUAUAUAAUCCGGGGUGAUGAUGAAGAAUGGAACGAAGUGCUGACCAAAGCAGGACAGAACGCUUCGAUUGUCAGCCUGAAAAGUGAAAAGAAGAGAAAACUAGACAUGGAAAAAGGACCAAAACAACAAAAGAAAUUUAAGAAGAACAAAGAUCUGAAGCAGAAGCAGAAGUGGAAGAAAUGACUUUAAAAAUGAUAAUGGACUUGAAUAACCAGGAGCAAGCUCCUGUCUAGGGACCCCCAUCCCCUUUUUAAAGCAAGGACUUCUCUUGAAGAAGCAGUGUCUGGAGGGGAAGGGCUUAGAGGCCCUUUUAAAGAAUAUAUUAAGGAAAAUGCAGUGACAUCGUCAAGAGAUGCUGCCCAUGGGGAUUUUUAUACUGUGUCCCUGGAGAGCCUCGUUUGAUGAGGCACUACACAACAAACUAGACUAUUACAAGGGUGCCUAAAUGGCUAAGAAAUGUCAAUUCCCAGGGCUAAUCAAUCCAUAAACAAC